AUGCAAAUGUCCAGCGCACGGAAAUCCAGGAAGUAGUCAUGUACGGGAUCACGGAAAAACUUGGAGCACUGCAGCAAACAUCACAGCCACCAAGGAAUAUGCUUUUGAGGCCUCUCCGAUUAUGAAAUCGAAGGCCUCCCGCAUACAUUAUGUACUCAGAUAAGAACUGUUUUUACCAUACUCAAUGCAACAUUUUUGAGUUUCUGAUGAUUAUCUGAUUAUUAUAUCGUAAUCGUAAUCAGGUGUAAUAACAGAGCUUUUAACAAAGCUUUUUCGAAGAGCUGGAGAUUAUUUUAUUAAAGAGUAAAUAAAAUGGCAUGUUCUACCGUACGGUAUGGAAUUGGAGUAACGAGAGAGUUGGGAAUGGACAUGCAAAAUUUUGGUGCGAAAAAAACUUGUCUGAUGACAGAUCCUUAUUUGGUGACUUUAGAUCCCGUGAAAACUGCUAUUAACAGCCUUUCUAAAUACGGAAUUCAAUUUGAGAUUUAUGAUAAAGUACGCGUAGAACCAACUGAACAAAGUUUACAAGACUCGAUUGAGUUUGCCAAGCGUGGAAAGUUUGAUGCUUUCAUAGCGGUCGGUGGUGGUUCUGUGAUGGAUACCUGCAAAGCAGCAAACUUGUACAGUUCCGAUCCAAACGCUGAAUUUUUGGAUUAUGUAAACGCGCCGAUCGGGAAAGGUAAACCGAUCCUGGUUCCUCUGAAACCACUCAUCGCUGUUCCGACAACCUCUGGUACCGGUUCUGAAACAACUGGAGUAUCCAUCUUCGAUUACCGUCCGUUAAAGGCCAAAACGGGGAUCGCAAACAGAUCACUACGUCCGACAUUGGGAAUUAUUGAUCCUAAGCAUACUCUGACGUUACCAGAGAAAGUGUGCGCCUAUUCUGGUUUUGAUGUGCUCUGCCAUGCUUUGGAAUCCUUCACGGCAAUACCCUAUACAGAGAGGACGCCUUGUCCACCAAAUCCAAUUCUAAGACCGGCUUAUCAAGGUAGCAAUCCUAUCAGCGAUGUCUGGGCACGAUAUGCUCUUCAAGUUAUGCGCAAAUAUUUCGAAAGAGCAGUUUACAAUCAAGAUGACUUGGAAGCGAGGAGUCAUAUGCAUUUAGCAAGUACAAUGGCAGGCGUUGGUUUUGGAAAUGCUGGUGUUCAUCUCUGUCAUGGACUUUCGUAUCCUAUCAGCGGAAAUGUUCGAAAUUUCCAACCAAAAGGAUACAGCAAUGAUCAUCCAAUAAUUCCUCACGGUCUAUCUGUAGUGAUUUCGGCACCAGCCGUAUUUUCCUUUACCGGAAGUGCAUGUCCAGAGAGGCAUCUGGAAGCUGCGGAAUUGCUCGGCGCAGACGUUAAAAAUGCCAAGCGGGCUGAUGCCGGGAAAAUUUUGGCUGACACUGUAAGAGAAUACAUGCGGAUUAUGAAAGUCGAAAAUGGUUUGACAGAACUCGGCUUUAAGAAAGAAGACAUUCCCACGUUAGUUCAAGGCACUUUGCCACAGCAUCGCAUCACGAAAUUGGCGCCACGUGAACAAUCUGAGGAGGAUCUUGGGCAAUUAUUCGAAAAUUCAUUUACCAUUUAUUAAUCAUUUAACGUUUACAAAGUUAACGUUUCAAAGUUAACUAUAACUGUAAAUAAGAUU